CACCACCAUUUUCUUUCCUCUCUCUCUCUCUCUGCAGUCUCACUCCCCCCGAUUUGUCACUUUGCUUCCUUCAUUUCCCCAUCUUCUAAUUUUGAAUUCCUGAUUGUUUUAGAUAGAUAGAUAGAUCUGAGCAGGGGCAGACAUCCAAAACCCUAACCCAAAGUUAUAGAUAUAUAGAUAGAUUGUCUGAAUGGCUGAAGUGGCUAAUCAAAAUCCCCUGCUUGGUGAAACUACAUGUGGCUCUCUACUGCAACAAUUGCAGAAAAUCUGGGAUGAUGUCGGUGAGAACGAUGAUGAGAGGGACCAGAUGCUUCUAGAGAUAGAACAAGAGUGUUUGGAUGUAUACAAGAGGAAGGUAGAUCAGGCUGCAAAGUCAAGGGCUGAGCUUCUUAGGACUUUAGCAGAUGCUCAAGUUGAACUCACCGGUCUUUUGUCUGCUCUUGGAGACAAAACCUUUGCUGAGAUUCCCGACAGAGAUUCAGGAACAAUUAAAGAACAACUUUCCUCUAUAGCGCCUACUCUGGAAAAGCUAUGGAAACAGAAGGACGAGAGAAUAACAGAGUUUUUCAAAGUUCAAUCACAGAUACAAAAGAUUCGUGGAGAAAUUACUGGGACUAACGGACACCUGGGAGAUCCUUCAGUUGAUGAGUCGGACCUUUCGAUCAAAAAGUUAGACGAUUUCCAAUCUCAACUGCAAGAACUGCAAAAGGAGAAGAGUGACAGGUUGCAAAAGGUUCUUGAGUUUGUAAGUUUAGUCCAUGAUCUUUGUGCAGUCCUUGGAAUGGAUUUCUUCAGUACUGUCACCGAAGUUCAUCCAAGCUUAAAUGACUCGACCGGUAUGCAAUCAAAGAGCAUCAGUAAUGACACUCUGUCUAUGCUGGCUAAGACAGUCUUAGCACUAAAAGAAGAGAAGCAGCAGAGGUUGCAUAAGCUUCAAGAAUUUGCAAUUCAACUAGUUGAUCUUUGGAAUUUGAUGGAUACUUCUGAUGAAGAGCGACAUUUCUUUGAUCACAUCACUUGCAACAUAUCCGCAUCAGUAGAGGAAGUAACUAUUCCCGGGGCUCUUGCACUAGAUCUUAUAGAGCAGGCUGAAGUGGAGGUAGAGAGACUCGAUCUGUUAAAAGCUAGUAAGAUGAGGGAAAUUGCUUUUAAGAAACAAGGAGAACUGGAAGAAAUAUAUGCUCGUGUUCAUGUUGAGAUUGAUCCCGAAGCUGCUAGAGAAAAGAUCAUUUCCCUCAUAGAGUCAGGGAAUUUUGAGCCUUCCGAAUUGCUUGCAGACAUGGAUAAUCAAAUAGGGAAAGCAAAGGAAGAGGCUGUUAGUAGGAAGGACAUACUUGAUAAAGUGGAGAAAUGGAUGUCUGCUUGUGAAGAAGAGAGUUGGCUUGAAGAUUACAAUAGGGAUGACAACAGGUAUAAUGCAGGAAGAGGUGCACAUCUCAACCUCAAGAGGGCAGAGAAAGCCCGGCUUCUGGUUAACAAAAUUCCAGCUCUUGUGGACAUAUUAAUUGCCAAAACUCGAGCGUGGGAAGAAGAUAGCGGUUUGCAAUUUACCUAUGACGGUGUUCCUUUGCUUGCAAUGCUAGAUGAAUAUGCUCUGCUCAGGCAAGACAGAGAAGAAGAGAAACGAAAGUUAAGGGAUCAGAAAAAGUUCCAUGAGCAGAUCAACACAGAGACCGAAUCUGUUUUUGGUGCAAAGCCAAGUCCAGCUCGACCAUUGGGUAGUAAGAAGGUGGUUGGCCCUCGGACAAAUGGAACUCCUAGACGACUAUCAUUAAAUGUCCAUCAAAAUGGUUCAAGGUCCAUUAACAAGGACGCGAAGAGGGAUAACAUCAGACCUGCGGCGCCUGUAAACUAUGUUGCCAUAUCGAAAGAUGAUUCUGCUGUUUCACACGUUUCUGGGACUACCGAGGCUCUCUUGGCAUCUCCCUGAUAACUGAAUGAAUGAAUGUCUGAGCAAUUCUCUAUGGCUUAGAGUCUUAGACUGUCCGAGUGAUAAUUUUUAGUUGUAAAUCUUUCGCCACUGAAGAGGGUACUCAUGGUUUGAACCUCGAGUGAUGACUGCAUUGUAUUGUUGUUAAUUUUGCUAGUUGAAAAUGAGAGAUUGUCAAUCCUACUUAGCA